AUGACUUUCGACUUGCAGGCACUCAUCUCUGAGUAUUCCUCAUGGCCACCAGCGACCGCCUGGAAGGUUGUUCCGCCCUUUACUCUCCUGUGGGCUGCUUAUCACAUCAACCAGUAUCUCAACACCCGUGCUCUCAAUAAUGGUGUUCAAGCCACCUUCGAUUGGAAAAAGGAAAUUGUGCUUGUGACUGGGGGCUCAGAUGGAAUCGGGGCAGCGACGGUCCUGAAGUUGGCUGAGCGCGGGACUGCUGUGAUUGUGCUCGACAUCCGGCCGUUGAAGUUUGAUGCUCCAAAAAAUGUGCACUAUUAUCGAUGCGACUUGACAAACCAGUCAGAGCUAAAAUCGGUCGCUGAGACUCUCCGUCGAGAGGUUGGUACGCCCACCUGCGUCGUGGCUAACGCAGGCAUUUGUCGCGGCAAACCAUUGCUCCACGCCACACCACGAGACAUUGAAUUAACAUUUGCGGUGAACAAUCUGGGUCUGGUUUGGGCGGCGCAGACUUUCCUUCCCGAUAUGGUCGCGCAAAACCAUGGCCACUUCCUGAUCAUGGCAUCACAGACAGCCCAUCUAGCCACGGCCGGAGUGGUAGACUACGCUGCAACAAAAUCCGCCGCGCUGGCAAUCUACGAGGGUCUUCAAACUGAAUUACGCCAUAUCUACCGUGCACCUGCGGUGCGAGUUUCUUGUGUCGCUCCCUCGGCCGUGCAGACCAAGAUGUUCCGUGGCAUUCAGACACCUGCCUCUGUCACGCUGUUGAAGCCUUCUGAUGUUGGCUCACUUGUUGCGGAGAUUCUUUGGAGCGGAAGAGCGCAGAAUAGGAUGACACCUGCCUUGGCUUAUAUUUCGCCCCCGACCAGAGCACUUCCAGAUUGGAUGCGGGUGGCAUUUCAGGAUCUUGGGAAGGAUGUCAUGUCGACUCUUUCUCCCCACCAGCCGAUGGAUGAGGAAUAG